ACGUUGAGCCUUCCAACCGUACACACAGGGCUGUCACACUAGGUUCCCUGGCGGGUAACUGCCGACUGACGUUGAGCCUUCCAACCGUAGACACAGGGCUGUAGCAGGGGUGUUCGUUAAACAGACCCACAACAUGGAAGUUGCUCCUCAAACGCAUUAUGAAGAAAUCCAUUUUAUUGACAAGAAAGGCCCACAGAAAUGCCGACCCUGGUGUUCAUCUUCCAUGUGUUUUGUUGUGCUUAUUUUAUCGAUGUUUUUAAAUGGAGGAUUGGGUGCAUUUAUUGUCUACAAGAUGACACACAAAGAGCAUGGUGCGCCGUUUGCUACAGGCGAGGUUAAGCGACCGGAUAUUGCUGAUUCUGUCUGUGUGUCAUGUGACUCUCUGAACGUCCCUGACCUUUCAAGAUCACCUUUGGAGAAUCAGGUCAAGGUCGUUAUGCUGGGUCAAGGUUCAUUUUGCUGUAUGGAGAAUACUGAGAGUCUCGGGAUGUAUAUGAAUAUUGUAGUCGGAGAAUAUUACCAUGACCUCAACGGUGACAACAGAGGUGGUGACCUUGACAUCAACCAUGACAGACCGGCGGCGCAUCUGUAUCUUGAUACAAACAGCGUCACAGAUCAACAUCUCCAGUGGGACUCCUCCCCUGGGUAUGGGACGGCACACGUGACUGGGAAUGUUACCUAUAGCAACGGACGUCUACAUGUGCCACGUGACGGCGUGUACUACAUCUACUCCUUCCUUACAAUACGUAGCGACGUCGUCACAAACGACGACCUGAACAUUGUCCACAGCGUCCAGAAGUACAACUCUGACCACAUAGACACAGACAGCCACCUUCUCCUCAUGGGCAAGACGACAUUGAAGGAAAGACAUGGGCAGUUCACCAACAGUUUCUUGGCGGCAAAUUUGAAAUUGAAAAAGAAUGAUGAACUAUUUGUCAGCUUGUCAAACACGUCCUUGAUAUACAAAUUUCCUCCUGCUAAUUAUUUUGGCGUCCACAUGUUGUAAUAUCAGUUUAGAAAUGUGUCCAAAAACAAGAUAUAACCGUCACAUCAAUAUGAAUAACUAUAAUUCAAGCUUCGUAUCAUUUUAACAGGGAUGGUCGGGUAGCCUUGUGGUUUAAGCGUUCGCUCGUCGCGCCGAGGACCCGGGUUCGAUUUCCGACAUGGGUACAAUGUGUGAAGCCCAUUCUGAUGUAACCCGCCGAUAUAUUGCUGGAAUAUUGCUAAAGGUGGCGUAAAACCAUACUCACUCACUCACUCAAUUUACCUCUAAAGGAAGUCAUCGAGAUCUACUCAACGGCUAGAAGAUGGUAAGACCAAAAUAUGAAGAUUGGAAUUCCCUGUCUGCACCAGCACCCGUAUCAUACUUCCGCUUAUGGUUUAUGUUAAGCUACUAAAGGCACGUUUAGAAAUUAAGCAGCACUUGGAAUGAGCUUCAGUUGCUACCUUUAAAGUCGCAGUAGUGGUUAAUGGUCUAAUUGCCUGCUACUCACUCUCUAGAUUUACCUCCCUUAGUUGCCUAGGGACCUGCUGAUCUCGAUUAUAAUCCUUGACAUGCCUGUGUCACUCGCUGGUAAUCCUGUCGAGUGAAGCUUUGCAGAAAUACUCUCGAAAGCGUCUCAAUCAUUCUGGUGAUUAUCUUCGAUUGGUGAAUGACGGACCAUAUCUACAUUCCACCAUAAUACACAAGUCAUACUUUGCUAUUUUAGUAUUGUAGUAUUUCAUCUGAUUGUAGAAAAAACAGGACCAUAUCUACAUUCCACCAUAAUACAAAAGUCCUACUUUGUUAGUUGAGUAUUGUAGUAUUUCAUCUGAUUGUAGAAACACAUAAUUAAGUCUCCAAUGCGACCUAUCAUUAUGGCGCACGUUUUGUUCACGGGGAUUAUAACUGCGACCGACUCUCUUGCUAAGACUAACAGCUGCAAUGCUUGCUAUAACCAUUUUUUAGUUACUCGCGUUGUACAGUCAGUUCAUUGUUAUUGGGAAUGUAUUGUUGUGAUGUGCAGUCCCACAUGGGAAUAAAGAGUAUAAAUUCCAA